AUGGCGACUGCUGAUACUGAUCGUGUCGCGAACGAGACGAUUGAGAGAUUAGCCCAGUGUCUAAAAUUAUCGGAGCGAGCUUCUUUCAAGUCAGCAUGCAAGUCUAGAGAUAUCCGCACGCUCGACAUGACAGCGCAGCAGUUCUUCUCAACCUGGACGACUAGUCUCAUGGGCGAUGAUCUUCAGCGUCUGAACGAAUUAGCCGUACGACCAGACAUCAGCAGUCAUGUCAAGAUCCUUUGUAUCGAGGAUGACACAAGAAAGUACGACCCAUGGAACGUGUCAGAACCACCAGCACCUGGUUCAACAAAUCUCUGGCCAUGGGAUGAGCUAGGAAUCGUCAAUUCAGCACUUCCUGGAAUGAAAGUUCUCAAUAACAUGCUAUCAGAGCACAAGUUGAAGCCUACAAUCAUCAAGAUUCAAGAGUAUUCCAUGUCCGAUGCUAAUUCAUUGGUUUUUCCUGGUGCUCUCAGUCAUCAUCGCACCGGAGCCAUUCAAACUGUCACUGCGAUUGCACGAAACAUACUCGGAGACACAAACCUUACUAUCAUCUCGUUGAUGUUGGAUAAGAAAAAUGUUGACUUGUCGCCUGAUUCGUGGGUGUUCUUGCCGCGCGAUGAAUCAGUAGCCAUCUCCAAUCCUGACGUCAGGGAAAUGAUACUCGAGCUCUCGCUGCAAGACAAAGGCAAAGACUUCUCCGAACUGCGCACUGUGAGGUUAAGUUACAUUGUCGAGCCUUGGUGGCUGGAACAAAUCUUCAGCCAGGCUGUGAUGCUCGAGGAAUUGGAGCUCGUCAGUUCCAACGCUUUGGAUACGGUUGUGCCUACGAUAUGCGCCAUCUCACAGCUCAAGAAGCUCAACCUGUCCCAUCUUUCUGUUCGCGCAGAAACCAUUCUCAGAUUGAUUGCGACCUGCAAGAACCAGCUAAUUACGAUUAGCUUCCGAUGCAUCACUCUGACAAAUGAAUCGACUUGGAGCUUACUUCUCUCCGCUCUCGGGAAUGAAUGCCGAAAUCUCACAUCCUUCCAUAUCACAGUGCCGAGGGAGGAGAAAAAUACAAGCACAUCCGGCAAAGCCAUUAAUUUCUUCGGCAUGAUGAAAGAUGCGGUGGCGGAACAGGAGGGAGAGCGGCUCAAAAUCGAAGAGAGAGGUUCAGCUGAGAACAGAAGAUGCAACAGAGUGUACUAUGAUGGUCCGCAUGCUGCGAAAGUAUUGCGAUGUCUUGCCACUUAUGCGGCCUGAAGCCGUUGCCUAGAUACGAUCUGUGUUGUGGGU